AUGCUCGGCUGCUGCCCCACGGAGUUCCAGGCCUCUUAUCACCAGGGCUUAUCUCUCCAACAGGUCUGACAGCAGCUGCCAUGGCAGAGGCUAUGAAGCUACAGAAAAUGAAACUUAUGGCCAUGAACAGCCUUCAUGGAAGUGGGAGUCAGAACGGAACAGAGUCAGAAAAUGAAGAGCUCAAUUCUAAUGCAGGUGGGAGUGAAUCCUCCUGGGACAAAGAGAAGCUGCAGUCCCCCAUCACGACGGGAUCCCAGCACAGCCUUGCUCACCCCACGCUGCCGGGGCAGUCGAGCCUUGGGAGCGCGCACCCGCUCAGCCCUCUGCAGCAGAACCACCUGCUCACCAACAGGAUAGACCUGCCCUUCAUGAUGAUGCCACACCCCCUGCUCCCCGUCAGCCUCCCCCCAGCCUCGGUGGCCAUGGCCAUGAACCAGAUGAACCAUCUCAACACCAUCGCCAACAUGGCAGCGGCGGCGCAGAUGCACAGCCCCCUGUCCAGGGCAGGGGCCUCUGUCAUCAAGGAGAGGAUCCAGGACAGCCCGUCGCCGGCGCCGUCGCUGGAGGAGAGCCAGCGCCCCGGCAGCCACGCGUCCUCCCGGCCCAGCAGCAGCGUGUCCAGCUCCCCGUCCCAGCUGGACACCACCCCCGACAGGAUCGCCAUGCUGACCAACAGCAGGGAAGGAGAACUCAUUGACCAAGAAACUGGGACCAGCUUAAAAAAAAUACAAAAGGAGAAAGAAGAGGUGCAAAUUGCCAUUCCAAUAAUGAAACCAACCUUGGAUAAAGUCCAACUGGCUGGACAGGCCUUGCCUCCUGGAUUUCCGGCGCCAUUUCUUUUUGCUGAUGGUCUUUCAUCAGUAGAAACACUAUUAACCAACAUUCAGGGCCUGCUGAAAGUGGCUGUGGACAAUGCAAGAGUCCAGGAAAAGCAGAUACAGCAGGAAAAGAAAGAGUUAAAGAUGGAGCUUUGUAGAGAGCGAGAGCUACGAGAGAGCUUGGAAAGGCAACUCACAGCUGAGCUGCAAAGCAGAGCCACAAUUCAAAAACGCUUGAAGAAAGAGAAGAAGGCAAAGAGAAAAUUGCAGGAAGCUUUGGAAUUUGAAUCCAAGAGAAGAGAACAAGUGGAACAGGCUCUUAAACAGGCCACAUCAGGUGACGGUCUCAGGAUGUUAAAUGAUGCUGGAAUCCCAGAUAUGGAAAUAGAACACAAUGGAACCCAACACGACAGUGCAGCCAUGCAAGAAAACAGAACAUACAUCAAACCAACCAUUAUGUACUGAAGGAACCACCUCUUGCUGAAAAAUGUAUAAUGACCACUAUUUGAAGACUAUAUAGUUCCUGAGAAAUGUCCCUUCCAACCUUUGAUGCCUUCAGUACUGUGUGAGGAACAGGAUUUGUAGCAUGAAACUUGAAGGACAAUUUCAAGCAAUUUACUGUUGCUGCAUUGGAAACUGCCGUGUUAAGAAAUACUGAGACUUUUUACAAGCUUACCAUACCAAACCAAGCCUGUCACAACAGAUCAUUUUUAGGUCCCUGGAGAUAGAAAGGAGUUUUAGUAUUUUUAAGCACAUACAUUAAUUAUUUCCCCUCCCCACCCUGCCCUAAAAAAGAACUUUUUUUUUGUUUUUUUCUUUUCCUUAGGAGGUGGCUAUUACUGAAUAGCAAUGGCACAAUGAUUUUAAGCCACAAUGGUCCUCACUGGCUGUACAUCAUACAAGUCCAGUUUAUCACUGAAACUGUUCAACAUGGAGCUGUUUCGAUUGUGUUUAUAAAUUAAGCUUUGUUUACUGAAGCAGAUACUCGAUAUAUAUUACGUUUUAAAAAGAAAUGUGUGUACAUUUUUUAAAAGAACGAUGUAAAAAUUGUCCUUUCAUUAGAUGACCGAUUCAAAAGUGUGAGCUAAACCCCAAUAGCUGAUGUAAUAUGAGGAUUAUAAUUGAUGCUUUUUUUUUUUAAUGCUCAGUUCAGCUUGGCUUUUGGUCUUUUAAGAUGGAAAAAUGAAUAUGCAGUAGAGUGUUAGAUAAUGGAAACUUUUAAGUAUGGUUUCUCUGUUGUACCAUAUUAAGUUAAAGUACACAUUCUUUGUUAAAAAUGUUCUUGCUAAAAAUACAGUAUUAAAAAGUUUUUUGUUU